AUGGUAAAUUCAAGUUCUUCGAGUUCUUCAAGUUCUUCGAGUUCUUCAAGUUCUUCAAGUAUCAACGAUUUAGAUAAUAUUCCAAAGACUAAUUCUAAAUGUCCUCCGAAGCCCAACAAAGAAGCACCUCGUAUUCGUUACAAAACCUACUAUAAUAAGACGUUUACUGUUGCCAAUCGUUUCGAAAUGUAUCAAGUUCACACGAUCCACUUACAUGGUGUUCAUCAUUUUUUCUCCGAUGCAAACGAUCAUGAUACAUCCGACACUUCAUCACUCGACAAAAGUACUCUAUUACGUAGGAUCUGUAUGGCUUGUUGUGUACGUUAUCGUAGACAACGUAUAGCAGUUGAAAGACGUCAUGAACUCGCUGAUAAUCUAAUCAUUCAAACAUACAAUAAAAAACCCGAAUUUAUUCGUAAAUUAUUUUCGAAAACAGUCGAAGGUGACGCAUUACGAACAACAGUACGUGCAGUACAUCGGGAUUUGUAUAGUCCAGGAUUUUUUCGACGAAAACGUCGUGCAUGUUAUAUGAGAACAGGUCAAGAAUUUAUUCGUCUUAUGGCAAAAGAUGGAGGUGCAAUACCAAAUGAUGAAAAAUGUCGUAAACAUCAAGAAUCAGAAGAUGAAGAGAUACGAAAACGAAAACAAAGGGCAUUUCAUUCUAGUCCAGAAUUUACAUAUACUUUAUUGCCCGAUGGAGUUUUUCAUAUUUCACGAGCAGAUACUGGACUACGUAAUAUUGCAUCGAAACAUGCUUUACAAGCUUCAUGUGAACCAGAAGUCAUCUAUGCAGGAACGUGUCGAUUCGAAAAAAGAGAUGACGAAGAAGAUAUUGUUUUUGUCGUCGAUAAUGAUUCCGGAACAUAUGCACCAAAAAAUAAAAAAGAUGAAUUAGCACGAUUAAAAAGUUUACUAGAAUGGAAUUUUCGUGGAUUAAAAGUAGAUGCCAAGAUAUAUGUACCACCUGGAAUGGACGAUAAUGAAGAUGAUGAUGAUGAUGAUGAUGAUGGAAAAGAAAAUGCCUAA